UAUUCGGUUAAAAAAAGAAUUUAUUAUUAUAAAAAAAAAUUGCGAUACUGUUGAAAAUACUAAAUAGUCUGCUACCUAAUUUUGCAACAUUGCUAAAUUCUUGCAUUUGUAACAACCCUGGGUGACAUCACAUUACAACAACACCAGAAAAAACAAGCACAAAGAGAGCAUAUAAAGAAAGAGAAUAACAAUUCGCCGCCAUUUUUGCUUUGCAAUUUGUCAGUUGAAUUUUCGAAUUAAGAGCGAAUUACUGUGUGUGUUGCCACUACUACAGCAACAUUAUUAUAGUUAAUACACGAAUUAUUUUUGUUGUUUAAUACCGCCACAGCUUUGCAGCUGUUUUGUUUUUUAUUUUUUUAAUUUUAUUAACCAACAAGCUUUGUGAGUAAUCAUCUUAACGGUCUGAACACAAAAAAAAAUCUUUAAGUUAAAAUUAAUUAAACAAAAAAAAAAAAUUAUAGUGUAUGGAAAUAAAAUAACAACAAUUUUAGUGAAACCCCCACACACAUUACAAAAAGCAAAAACAAAAAGCAUUACAAACAAGGAGGAGACACAGAGGUAGAGUAAAAUAAAACACGAAACUGUCAAAUAUAGAAAAAUUUGCGACAAGAAGGAAGUGUUUUUUUUAUAUCGAAUAAAGUGGAAGAGUAAUUGAAUUUGUUUGCCUUUAAAAAAAAGAAAGAAAUAGUUUUAAAGAAAGAAAAAGUAAAUUAAUAAAAUUUAGAUUAUUCGCAGAGGCGUUACAGCAAAAUAACGUAUAAAAUUCACACAAAACUCCAAUUAAUACAAAUUUCUCAAAAAAAAAAAAAAGUUUUUUUUGGGUUGAUUACUAACACCACUGCAGCAACAACAACGAAAGCGUGUGUGUAAAUCUGUGUGUGCUGCCGCUAAAGAUUGUGCUCUCUGACAACAACUGCUGUUGCUGGUACAAAAAAAAGCUGGUUGCCAUUCAAGUGAACCUACGCCAAAAAUAUAUAGAAAAAAAACAACAACAACAAUAAUUUAAACUAACAACUCCCACUAUGGAAUUCAUUACGAUUGGGCAGAGUGUCAAUAUAAAACGUACCGACGGCCGUGUACAUCCCGCGGUCGUCUCGAAAAUCAAUGAAUCGGGCAAAUCCAUAACAGUGGAAUGGUACGAACGCGGCGAGACCAAAGGCAAGGAGGUAGAGCUGGAUGCUAUACUCUCCCUGAACCCUGAAAUACUCGAUCAGGCCGAACAGGAAACAUUGCAUACAGCACCGGAACCCAAAAAAGUGGCUACAGCACCCAUAAAUCUUUCACGUAAUGCAACACAAGGUGCUAUAGGUCAUCGUACAAGUCGCGCCACUAUAAAUGCCUCCAAUAUCUUGUCGUCUGCCUCAGUGGCCGAGCAUGUUGAAAAUAUACCACCUCAACCACAACCACCUACCACAGGAAUAGUACGCUCUCGUACCACCAAUAAUGCCUCACGUUUAGCCUCGGCCACCAAUUCGGGUACCGCAGGUCUUACCAAUACCUCCUCCGUAGGCAAUACUACGUCUUAUGGUGGUGGUGGCGGUGGCGUUGGUAUCAGCCGCGGUGUUGUUGCAGACAGUAAUGCCUCAAAUUCCGUAGCCACUGGUAAUGUUGGUGCUCGUCGCUCCUAUGUGGUGAAAGAGGUGGAACGUCUUAAGGAAAAUCGUGAGAAACGUCGUGCCCGCCAAGCUGAAAUUAAAGAGGAGAAGACCGCCUUAAUGAAUCAAGAUCCCGGCAAUCCGAAUUGGGAGACCGCACAAAUGAUACGAGAAUACCAAUCAACCCUCGAGUUUAAUCCUUUGAUUGAUGGCCAGGCCGUCGAAGAUCAUCAAAUUACGGUGUGUGUGCGCAAAAGACCGUUAUCACGCAAAGAGGUGAAUCGCAAAGAGAUCGAUGUGAUUUCGGUGCCACGCAAGGAUACUCUAAUUGUUCAUGAGCCGCGCAACAAAGUCGAUUUAACAAAAUUCUUGGAAAAUCACAAAUUUCGCUUCGACUUUGCCUUCGAUGAUCGCUGUGACAAUGCCAUGGUUUACAAAUACACGGCAAGACCUUUGGUCCAAACCAUAUUCGAUGGUGGCAUGGCCACUUGCUUUGCUUAUGGCCAGACUGGUUCCGGCAAAACACAUACAAUGGGCGGUGAAUUUAAUGGCAAAAUACAGGAUUGUAAAAAUGGUAUUUAUGCCAUGGCAGCUAAAGAUGUAUUUUCAUAUUUGAACGGACCACGUUAUCGUCACUUGAAUCUAGUGGUAUCAGCCAGUUUCUUUGAAAUUUACAGUGGCAAAGUUUUUGAUUUACUCUCAGAUAAACAAAAACUUCGCGUCCUGGAGGAUGGCAAACAGCAAGUACAAGUUGUGGGUCUCACCGAGAAGGUAGUCGACAGUGUUGAAGAAGUGCUCAAAAUUAUACAGCACGGCAACAAUGCUCGCACCUCCGGCCAGACCUCAGCCAACUCAAACUCAUCACGUUCUCAUGCAGUAUUUCAAAUUGUUUUACGUCCUCCCGGCUCCACAAAAAUUCACGGCAAAUUCUCCUUCAUCGAUUUGGCUGGUAAUGAACGUGGCGCGGACACCUCAUCGGCCAAUCGCCAGACCCGCAUGGAGGGUGCCGAAAUCAAUAAAUCUCUAUUGGCCCUCAAAGAAUGUAUACGUGCCCUGGGCAAACAAUCGGCUCACUUGCCAUUCCGUGUCUCUAAGCUAACGCAAGUGUUGCGCGACUCAUUCAUCGGUGACAAAAGUAAAACCUGUAUGAUUGCUAUGAUAUCGCCGGGUUUGAGUUCAUGCGAACAUACACUCAAUACGCUGCGCUAUGCGGAUCGUGUUAAGGAACUGGUGGUCAAGGAUGUGUUGCGUGAGGACGAUGCGCUGCGUGAAGAGGAUGCAGAGCAAUUGAUGUACGAGGAGGAUGAAGAGACUAAUAAUGUACAGCAUGUCCAGCAGAGGCCCGUCAAGCAUAAUAAUCACACUAAUCAUAAUAAUAACAAUAAUAAUAAGAAUAAUGGUCAGAUGUCGGCGAGUGAUUUGGCCUUGUUGCGUUCGUUGAGCGAACACGACAUGUCCGACGAAUUACUUGUCCAGCAUGCUGCUAUAUCCGAUCUGCAACAAACCGAAGAAAUGGUUGUUGAUCAACAUCGAGCCAUCAAUGAAUUCCUAACACAAUUUCUACCCGAAUCUAUGCGUCUUUAUAAUUUAACCAACUAUGUCGACUAUGACCAAGACACGUACUGUAAAGAGGGUGAAGCCUACUUUACCCAACUGGCCGAGAUGGCCACAAUGUGUCGAGAUUUAAUGGCUGAUUUUCGGGCAAAAAUGGCUAAAGAGGAAAUGCUUUCGUGCACUGUGAAACCACCAGGCAAACGUUAAGCGCUUCCUCCCUCUCUUAAUUAAUAAACAAACAAACAAUAUUAACACAAUAAAUACUCUCUUCUGCAAAGACACAUACAACUGAAAAGGAUUAAACGAAUGCAUGAAUGAAGGAACUCUUUUUUUUUAAGUAUUAAUUUGUUUAAUUUAAAAAUAAAAGCAAAACUAAAAUUGUUAAACAAAUUAUAGCAACCAAGCAGUGCCGUUUAAAAUGCACUUAAAACUAUAUUUAAAAUUAAACAAAAAUCAACAAUUUUUAAAUUUAAAUACUAACAGCAACAAUUACACCAUAUUUACGUUUAAAACAAAAAAACAAUUACUCACUUUAACUUUAUUAAACAACAACAACAAUUAAAAAUCAAACAAAUUUAAAAAUCAAGAGCCAGCAGCAAAUAAUGUAACAAAAAAUCUUGUAAACUAAUCCUGAGAAAAUCGAAAUUGAAUUUUUUUUUAUGUUUGUUAAAAAUAAUGUUGCUUUUUAUUAGUUUUUUUGUACAAUUAUAAAACAAAAUUUUAUUUUUUUAAAUACUUUAAAUACAACAGGAUUUUUUUCUAAAUUCCGUUUACUUGUCUUGGAUUGGUUUUAAAAAAAAUAAAUAAAAUUAUAAAACAAAUACAAUUGUUUUGUUCUAGUUAUAAUUUGAUUUACUUUUUUUAACACCUUCCUUUAUAUAUUGUUUCAACUUAUUAUUUUGUGUGUUUCUAUUAAAAAAAAACAAAUUUACUCUACUACUACUACUAUGUAUUUUUAAUACUUAUUUUUAAAUGAUAUUAAUAAUUUAAUGCUUUUUUAUUUUUACACAGAAAUCAUAAAAUUUUUAUAAAAAAUUUGCAAAUUUUGAAAAAAUUAUCAACAAGUAUUAUUACAAACAAUUACUACAUACAAUGAACAAAAUAAAAACAGCUUACGUUACAAAAAAAAUAUUAAA